UCCCUGCUUCACGAUUCGUAAAAGAGUCAAGACUCCCAUAACUCGAACUGACUCGCCACCUCACCUCAGCCUCUGCUCUAUCUUCUCUCCACCACCUAGUCAAUCCCCUAAAUCGACUCCCUCCUUUUAUGGAACAAACUCAGUCACGUCGUUGCUCCAGCCUCCCUCGCCGGGGCUGAUUGUGUAGAAAUCUUGAAACCUUCGUCAGUUGACUUCAACUUUCCUCGAUUUGGAUGGCUGACCGCAACUGGAUUGCACUCUUUCUUACACUUUCUUGUUUGCUUCCUUCUCUUCACGCAAGUGCUGGUGACGCUGAUCCGAUUUACAGGGCUUGUGUGGGGCAGUGUGAGAAAACUGGAUGUGUGGGGGAUAAAUGUUUCCAACACUGUAACUUCUUAUCUGACGGGAAACCUAUGGGUGGACCAUGGUAUCUUCAAGAACCACUCUAUAUCAGGUGGAAACAAUGGGACUGCAGCAGUGACUGUCGAUAUCAUUGUAUGCUUGCUAGGGAAGAGGAGAGAGAAAAAGUUGGUGACAAGCCUGUCAAGUAUCAUGGAAAAUGGCCAUUCCGUCAUGUUUAUGGCAUCCAGGAACCUGUUUCUGUUGCUCUCUCUGCUCUCAAUCUUUCCAUACAAUUUCAUGGUUGGUUGUCCUUUUUCAUCCUUCUAAACUACAAGUUGCCUUUGAGGCCAGGUGAGAAGACCCAUUACGAAUAUACUGGUUUGUGGCAUAUCUAUGGCAUACUAGCGAUGAACUCCUGGUUCUGGAGUGCUGUUUUCCACAGUCGAGAUGUUGAGUUGACAGAGAAGUUAGACUAUUCAUCUGCAAUCGCAUUACUUGGCUUUACUUUCAUUCUAGCGAUACUGCGAGCUUUCAAUGUGAGAGAUGAGGCUGCCAGAGUCAUGGUUGCUGCUCCAGUGAUUGCAUUUGUGACAACUCACAUCUUGUACCUGAAUUUCUUCAAACUUGAUUACGGACUGAACAUGAAAGUCUGUGUCACCAUGGGUGUAGUUCAACUUCUCAUAUGGGCGGUAUGGACUGGUGUCAAUCAUCAUCCAUCACGCUGGAAGCUGUGGGUGGUGGUUGUUGGAGGAGGUCUAGCCAUGCUCCUGGAGAUUGUCGACUUCCCACCUUACCGGGGUUUUGUUGACGCUCAUGCUUUACAUAAUGCCACAAGCAUCCCUCUUACCUACCUUUGGUGGAGCUUUAUCAGGGAUGAUGCUGAGCUCCAAACAUCAACUCUCCUUAAAAAAAUGAAGUAACAUUUUCUUCAUCAAACACAUGCACUUAUCAGAUGGUAAAUUGUAUCAAAUUGCAUUGACAUGCCCAACCAUCUCUCCUCAACAUCAGAUUGUAUUCUCUGUCACCUGGUGUAACUUUUUUCCUGGACUGCUUACAAUAGCAGGUCCUGUUGUUUCAAAAAAUUUUCUUUUUGAUUUUGCAUUA